UGGAUCUUAUAGGCUGUUUCUCAGACUUGAAGCAAACUUUUCAGGAGUGAAAGCAGUGAAGUGGGGACAGGGAGCAGAGAGAGGGCUGCAAGCCCUGCCAUCCAUAGGACUUUCCUUUCAAUCAGUGCCCCUGCAGACCUACAGCAUGAUGAGUCCUGAGGCUGGGACACACUGGGGGAAGCUUUGCUGAGAUUAUAUGGUGGAAACAAUUGUGUGGAUCUAAUGAAAGAACAGAGAGGAUUUGGAUCCUUGGUGGAACUUUUGGAUUGAGGCUGCAAGGAUCCAGCUCCUGUACUAGGUGAGUGUGCAGUACCCAGAGCUCAGGGAGACCUUUACCCAGCCUGGAGCUACUUUAUUGGGGGGAGAGGGGCUGCAGGGCCUGUUUGAUUCUGCAGGAAAAGUUCCUGUUAAUAUCUCACUUCGUAUUACUUGUUGCAAUCACAGACACAGUUUCACUUCGAACUUUAUUACCAAAACAAGCUUUCUGACACAUAUUCACUCAAACUGAAAAUAUCAAAGAAGAAAAGCAUAGGUGAUCUCUAAGUACACACAUUGCAUAAUAUAUUCAAUAUAUAUAUGUUGUAUUUUUUCAAUAAGAUAAUUAACAGUCGUUAUAAUUAUAACAUUUAUUGAUGUUAUAUCAUCGUGGGGGGAGAGGGGUAAGUACCAGGCAGGGAAAGGGUUAAACCCUGGAUUUGGUAGGUCUAUAUAGAUAGAUAGAUUAUACUGCAUGGAAAACAGGAAGGGUUAGACACCAGGUAGGUGGUUGUGAAUGACAGAUGGGCCCUGUGGCUUUGCACUCCCAGCACAGAAUGAGAAUCUUGAUCAAAUUAUCUCUUUAUUUGGAUGUGUUAAGGAGCUGUCUGCUGGGUUUCCAAAUUUUACCAGGGAUAAUUAGUAGGGGUGCAGUGAAAUCCAGUGCAGAAAUGGCAUCUUAAUAGCUGUCCCACCAUGAAAUGUAAAUCUCAUCGUAGAAGGUACAACUGGCUGCUGUUUUCCUUAUAUUAAUUCUAAUGACUCAGGUUCAUUUAAGGCUUGUCAUACAAAUAAAGUGACCAUGGCCUUUCUCCAUUGAUUUAAUAUUUCUUAGACAUGUGUCCAUCGUGUUGUACAGAUGUUUUUACUAAAAUAAUCUUCCAGUCUGUUCAUCAAAUGCAAAUUCGGUCUGUCUCUCUUUAAAUCUACUAUCAGACUCCAGAGAAUUGUAAUUCUAGAUUUAAAUUUGUUUUACGGUUUAAAAACUCCAAAACUUCUCCUAAACAUAACACUGAUUGGAGAUUGCUGUUUGGAGAGAAUUAAAAUAUCACUUAAAUACAAUAUCUCUCAGACAGUCAGCUGAUAUUUAGCCACAAAUGCACAACGUUGUUUAAAGCCGUACAUAGCUGUAUAUAGAGCUUCUUGUUUAAAACAUUUUAGUAUUUUGGAAAAUAAAAUUUAGUACAUUUUAAAGUUUCGGUUUUAGGGUAAAAUCUCUGUACUUCCUUCGUGUAACUGAGCCUGUAUUAGUAUUUGUACAUAUAAUCAAUAGGUUUAACAAGUGGCAUUAAACUCAGGGAUGUGGAUUUUAAAAAAUAUAUAUUCUUGGGGGGCUGGGAGUGUGAUUUGGGGUUUGCUUCUAAAUGUCACUAGCUGUUUGUAUGUCGUUUGUGGUGGGAUUUUUUUUUUUUUUUUUUUUUUUUAACGGCAGCCAAAACUGUGUUUUUAAUAUCUAAGUAUCAUAUAGAAUAGGGCAUUGAGCUGACGUAUUACAAACACGAGUCUUUUUAUUUUUAUUUUUACAUUAAACCAUUUUUUUUGAACAACUGAAACAGACGUAAAACAUGAGUUUUUACUGAUAACUAUUUUUUUUUUUUCUAAGACUGCGAGCUUUUACUCUUUUUAUACUUUGUAAUAAUGAUCUAUAUGAGGAAAAUCCCCACUGAUCUCUUGGGAAUCAGAAUCCUGAUUAGUGUAUAUAGAAUUCAUAACGCGUUGGAGUAAAUUCACUAAACAGCGAGUUUUACUGCGAUGACAGCUGAUUGGCAGAAACAUCAAAAAUAUGUUUCCAGUUCUGUCAUUCCCCCCAACAAAUUAAAAGUCCAUUGUCCACCCAAUAUUCCCUAAACAAUUAGGUUUAAUUUAAUUGGGCCAGAUUUAAUUUUAUCUAUGGUAUAAUUAAAGAAAUGAACUACCCUGUCUAAAUACAGUGUGUCCUAAAUGGCUGCAGUCCAAUAUACUAUGGUGGUUGCCAUUCAGCCAGCCAGACAGGUGGAUACAUACAUUGUAUUCAGUUCGUGUACUGUAUGGACACAUUGUAUGCAGUCACACUGAGAUAUACUAUAUAAUGAAUCUAUCCCAAAAGGCUUGAUACAAGCAUGUACACAGCCCCAAAUCAAGCAAUGCACUGGGAUUAAAUAGCCAUAGGUAUUAUAUUAUGAUACAGGUAAGUGACAGGCAGAUUAGAGGGUCUCUGGGUGACCUGACAAGUGAUCAGGGCUUGGGGACUCUAUUGAAGAGUUCAUGUUCUGGUCUUGGUUCAGUGGUCUCAGUGAAAUCUACUGACUGUCACAUAACCCUCCUCCCUCCUCUUUAAUUCGGCAACAUUAAUUGCAAACACAAUUGUACCGCGCUACUGUACACGUUGGUGCUAUAAUUAUUUAAUUAUUAAAUGUAUUACAAGUAAAAAUAUAGAAAACAAAACAACGUUCUCUGUUUUUUCUCUUAACGUGAUAUUUAUAAUGCAACCCACUAAAUAUUUGUAAAUGCACAGCGCUGUGUACACGUAUAGUGGGACAUAAACAGGACAGGUUUGUGGAAGAAUGAACACAUUGCGUGGUGGUAUUUUAAAUUUAAAAAGAAAAUACAUAUUGAAAUAGAGAUUUUACAUGUACCUGAAUGACACUGAGAACAAGACACACAGACCUGUCCCAGUUAUGUAUCCUUAAUUAAUAAAAAAUAAAGUACCAUAGACAUGUUUGUUUUCAUUUACAAUCUCCUGUUUUAUUUAAUAAGACUUCAGUGAUAUUUUCGUAUCCUGCUAUUUAGCCAUAUAUGUCUUUACAUAUCAUUUUCAUUGAACAUUUAUUAUCCUGUUCUACAGAUGCGAUCAUUUUCUAUAUUAUGGCAUAGGAAAUAUUAUUAUUGUUAUUAUUAUCAUUUGUGUAAUUAAACAGAAAUCAUGUUAAAAGCCUCUUGUCAUAAAACCUGUUGGAUUCAGAAUAUCACACAGUUUUUUUUAAUGAUCUUUGUUUAGAAACUUCCUCCUGCUUAAAUAAACACAUUAAAAUAAAAAUAUAAAAUCUAUGUAAAUUAGUAAAAGCAAAAAUAAGAAAUGUAGACAUGUUAUAGCUGCCGGUUACAUAAGGCACAGUUUAAAAAAUAAAUAAAUAAAUAAAUAAAUAAAUAUGUAUAUAUAUAUAUAUAUAUAUAUAUAUAUAUAUAUAUAUAAAAUUAAUUAUAUACAUUUAUAUAAAUUGGCUAGUAACAUUCAUGUAUACAUAAAUCACCAUAUGUAAUAAUGUUAUAUAUUACACACCAGUAACAUAAUAUAACAUUCUGAACAGUUACAUAAAUAAUCACAUUAUUAUAUGCAUGUCGUUUCAGUACUUUAUGGAGAAUGCUAUAUUGUAUGAGACUGGAUAUUGCAUGCUUUGACAGUGCUGCAGUGUAAUAUAUAUAUAUAUAUUAUUAUAGGACUUGGCAGUAUUAAUGUCAGACCACGCUCUAUGAUGGAAUUAUUUAAACGAUUGUUACCAAACGUGGCAUUUAAUAUAUUAUUUGUGAAACGAGCAUGAAUUCAAAUAAAUUGACUUUUCACGUAUUUUACUUGAAUACUAGAAAUCUAAUCAUGUGAAAAUCGAUAACAACAAAUGUUGACUUGCAAGUAUUGUAAUUAUUAUAAAAACGAUUAGACAUUCUAUCGAUAUAAUACCAUAUAAUAUUGUACUACCUGUAAUCCAUUAUAUAAUAUAUUGUAUUUUACAUACAAUAUUGUACUGUUGUUUUAUUGAACUGUUAGCUUGCAGUGUAUGUAUAACAAAUAUUGUAGCUGUUCUACAAGACUGUGUUUUGUAGUUACUAUUUAUAUUUGUGGAUCACAGUCUCCAUUAUAUUGUUGUUAGUGUUAACCAGAUCUUCGUUUUGUUAGUUAGUAGCAGUUAUUUUUAUUUAAUAGUGGGGGGAUUUAAAUGAUGGAUUUGAACAUAUUGUAAAUAGAUAAAAUAAUUAAAUUGGAUGGAUGGGGGGGCGGGGGUUAAUUUAGAAAAGUUGGGGAUUUUAACCACGUUUGCUGUUCUCAGCAUAACUUUCUGUUAAGUGAAAAGGCCUGAUGUCUGUCUGCCCUUGGUGGGUCAUUAAGGGACCCGAUUUCCCUGGGUACACUCCGUGCCCCUUGUGGAGUGCUCAGGGGGAUUGUGUGUUUUUCUGGCAACAUGUUUGGGUCUGAUCUGUCAUUUAAAGAACAUUAACAUGAUUUACCCGGUGAGCUCAGAUUCCAUCGCAGAAUUACCCCUAUUAGUCCAAUUUAUUGUCCCCAAUUCCCAGAAAAUGUGCCAUGUCCUCUCCUAUGGGGUCUCCCCAGGCUGCUAUCUGGCGUCAGUGUCCCCUGGAUGUCACAUCUGGGCAGAUGUUCCAGGUCUUUGAUUGUCCCUCCUGGGUGGCCACCUGGAAAGGAGCUGGGUGUAAAGUGGAUUUGGUUAGAACCUGCAGAGUUAGGGAAGUGUCACUUUUCUCUCCUGUUCUUGUAUUGAUUAAGUACUUACCAUUUUCUUUUUUCUUUUUUUUUUUUUUUGUGUAAAAACAAAUAACCUGACCCUGAUUUGGAUAAAUAAUUCUCACCUCUCUACGUGUAAGAUCAUUAAUUAACUGUAUCCAAACUUCACUAGUAAAUGGUUUAUUCUCCCCGAGCCCGGACAAUCCACAUACAGACCUUCUAAUAGCACCCAGGGGCAUUGGACUGUCAAAGAAACACAGCAACAUCUCCUUAACCCCUUCACCCCCAGUCCCCUCCAAUUCUCUGUGUUUAACAUACAAAGUAUGGGAGCCUGGACUGCUGACAAAUCCUAACAGUGUGUGGAAUGAACACCAGUAUGUACCAAUCACAUGCCAUGAAACAGAUUCUUACACAUCACUGACUGUGUGUAUAAAGUGAAAGUAACAAGUCUGGCUGUAGUCCAUCUAACAUGGCUCUAGCCAUUAGCACAGCUACUAGUUCUAGUUACAGCACGGGGGUGCAGUUAAAGAGUUUAUUAAUUAUAUGAGUGUUUGGCCUAAUGCAGACCCCCCACCCCCCACUCAUUUAUGCUGGGGAGGGGGGUAGCUUUUGUUUCUAAUUUUCCCAGAGGUGAAGACUUUUGCAAACCAGUGUUCUAAAUAGCAGAACUCCCAAUUAUUAGAGCCAACUACAUUCUCCCCACGUCUUGAAUCACUUUGCCUUGACUCUUACAAUGCAUUAAGGAAAUGAGAUGCACAUUGUCAGUAAGCACAAUAUUUUUUUUCUUUUCCCCAUAGGCAUUUCUUAUUCUGUCGGCUGUGGAUCAGUUCCAGGAGGUGAAGGUGCUGUGACUGGAUCAGGUUGGGAAGAUGGGAAGUAAAGCUCUCCCAGCCCCAAUUCCCCUGCACCCUUCCCUGCAACUCACCAACUACUCCUUCCUGCAGGCGGUGAACACCUUCCCAGCAGCUGUGGACCAUCUGCAAGGACUCUAUGGGCUCAGUGCUGUGCAGACCAUGCACAUGAACCAUUGGACUUUGGGAUAUCCCAACAUGCAUGGCAUCACCAGGUCCACCAUCACUGAAAUGGCUGCAGCCCAGGGCCUCAUGGAUGCACGCUUCUCAUUCCCAGCUUUACCCUUUGCCACCCAUCUCUUCCACCCCAAGCAAGGAACCAUAGCCCAUGUCAUACCAGCCCUGCACAAAGACAGACCCAGGUUUGACUUUGCCAACUUGGCCAUUGCUGCCACCCAGGAGGACCCACCCAAGAUAGGUGACCUCUCCAAACUGAGUCCAGGAUUUGGGAGUCCCAUCUCAGAGAUCAGCAAGUUGUCCCCAGACAGAAAACCUUCCAGAGGGAGGUUACCUUCUAAGACUAAAAAAGAAUUCAUCUGCAAGUUUUGUGGGAGGCAUUUUACCAAGUCCUACAACCUACUCAUCCAUGAAAGGACCCACACAGAUGAAAGGCCUUACACAUGUGACAUAUGCCACAAAGCCUUCAGAAGACAAGACCAUCUCAGGGACCACAGGUAGUUAUUGUCACAUAUCUGUCACUGCAAUAGCUGUCUACCCACAUAGCCAAUCACUUUCAGCUCACCCUAAAACGAAAAAAUGGGCUAAAAUAGUAGCUGUUAUUUAUUUAUUUAACUCUAUUUUGUCCCAAAGUUUGUUAAUUCGGUUUUAAAACCCAACACUAAACUCUUGGGAGAUGCUCACUAAUCAGCAAAUGAUAGGAAGAGAUCCCACCUGGCACCUGCAGACUUUGUAACUAUACAAAAUAGUCCAUUUGGAAGAAAUGUCUAGUAAGAGGCAUGUGUUAAAUGUUGCUGUUUCUGCACGUGUUUCUCCAGUCACCACACUUGCUAUUUAGUGAAUAGAGAUCCCUGUGCAAACAUUGCACACACAGAUUAUUCAGCCUUUUAUCGUCCGCAGGCUGAUGGCGAGUUGGUUGUAAAUGAUUAAAUAAUAUUAGUGUGAGGGAGGGUUUGUCCCUUAAGGACACAUUACAUGUGUGACAUGUCAUGAUUCCCUUUUAUUCCAGAAGUUUGGUCGUUAAGGGGUUAAACUGGCUGAUAAGGACCUGGCUAGGAGUGUUUGAAACUCCGGGGUCUAUGUACUAAAGUAUCGUUUCUCAUCUUAGUAGAUAGAUUAGGAAGGGGAGAUAAUUCUCUCUGCAGAACCGUAAAUGGGCACUCUGUCUCCCCCCCAUAAAUUUAAAAAAAAUUCCAUAUCUCUUUUACUGAACUGUACACACAGAUGAAUACACCCUUCCUUAUUUUUUGCUAUCACAUAUUUUGUCACCGUCCGGAAUCUGGGUAACAAUUUAUUAUUAGACCUUACUAAUUUGGGAGCUAUUUGGCAGGCAGUAACCCUGAUCCUGUUUAACUCUUGCAGUUGCUAAGGCAGUUUCCAUUCUGUUAGUGUUCUGUGUGUAAGGCUGUCUGUGCAGAGUCAGUCUCUGUUUGUGCCAUAACAGAACAGUAGGUGGACACCACUUACAGGACAUGUAGGUUAUAUCUGAUUGGUGCAGUUUGGUAAAUGGAAAAAGCUGCUGCUUGCUACCUGGGGGGAAGGGAGGGUGGACCUCAACUCCCAUCAUGCUAAGACACUAAAACACAAUUUUUUCAGUGGGUUGACUAAGCAUGAAAAUAAUUACAAUCCAGAGGACUACCUGCCUUGUAGGAUGUCUGACAGUUGUGGGAGUUGGAUUGCCAUAGAGGGACAGACUAUCCAUGGCAUGAAAUCAAAUGACUUCCAGGACCUCCUGAGAUCAGGGAUUGUGUGAAGGUCGCUGUUUUGUGCAGAUGAAGUGCCAGAUAGAAGCAGGACAAUAAAUAAUGUUUACCUGACACACUAGUGCACUCUAAUCAUUGCUGGAGAGGGGGCAAUCACACUGUGAUCAAGAUUACUAAACUCUUUUAAUGUCAAUCUGUCUGGUUAACCAUACACAGAGUGACACUCUCUCAACCUGUGAGUGUCUCAUUCUCUCUCUAUGUAUCCCUUGUGAUGACCAUAUAGCAAUCUAUUCCUGGGACUGAUAUCUAUUACCUGUUUUUUUAUUUCCAGGUACAUCCAUUCCAAAGAGAAGCCUUUCAAAUGUCAGGAGUGUGGGAAAGGAUUUUGUCAGUCCAGGACCCUGGCUGUACAUAAGACCUUACACAUGCAGGUGAGAUGGCUAUACACACAAACACAUAACAUACCUGGCCAUUUAACAGACACAGUGAAUGUAUCUCAGUAUUUAGACAAAGUGACUGAAUUCAUCUCUCUAAAACCAAAUCUAUUACUCUCUUCAUACACUAUAUUAUUUAGUGUCUUACCACUAUUGACACACACUCACAAAUGGAUACUGUGUGUUGCAAGGUUUUAAUUGCAAUUUGAUGCUCUGAGCCUUUUUGUAGCAAAAUAAAAUAAUGAUAAAUAAAAAUUAUAUUAAUAAUAAAACAAAUAGAUUAAAGUAUUUAAAAUAUAUACUAAAAUAUAUAGGAGCGUGAUUUUAUCAUCUCUCCUUCUGGUUUAACCAAAUUACCACUGAGAAUUUUUCAGUAAAAAAAAAAAAGAGAAAAUAUUAAAUAGAUUGGAAAAUGUAAACAGUAAAAUGUUUUCUAUAACAAUUAAAAAAAAUAUUCUACUCUGCAAAUUAAAUUAUAGUUUUAUAUAUCCCCUUUUUAGGAGCUGUUGCAAUAGUUUAUUUUAAAUAUAAUAAAUGCAGACAAUUAAUAUAACUUAGAUUAUGCAAAUGCUUUAUUUUUUAUAGGUAAGGAUAUAUUUUGUGGAAUAUACAGAAUUUUGUAUUUCAAUGUUACAGUACCAGGAAAAGGGUCACAAUAUAUUAUUCUGGUCUCAUGUAUUUCCCCAUCCGAGAAUACUAAAUAAAAUCAGCCUAUUUUUGAGAUUAUUUGAAUGUUUUUCCUGUGUCUCAUGUUGUCUGAUAUAGACCAAAGAAAAAAUAUAUAGGACAAGGAGAGACGGUGUGAAGGAUUAAUCCUUUGCUUCCUUCAAAUCUGCACAGGAAUCACCCCACAAAUGCCCCACAUGUGGAAGGACAUUUAAUCAGAGAAGUAAUCUGAAAACUCACCUUCUUACCCAUACAGACAUCAAGCCCUUCAAUUGUGAGCAGUGCGGCAAAGUAUUCAGGAGAAAUUGCGACCUCCGGAGGCACAGUCUGACUCACAGCCCCAGGCAAGACUUCUAGAACCGGGCCCAGGUCUAUCAAAGGGUUAAUAUCCAUGGACUUACUUUAAAGGACUUCACAGACAAAGCACGAGAACUGAAGCCUACCCUUGCAUCAACUUGUAAAAAAAAUAUAUAUAUAUAUAUAUAUUUUUUUUUUCUUAAAAAAAAAAAAAAAAAGACAACAAAACAACCAAAAAAGCUCAUUUUAGAGCUUGUGUAAAUAAUGUUAUUAUUUUUCUAUGUCCAGUGUUGGUGCACAAUGGUACAGAAUUUUUGAAAAGAAAGGUACAUUGGGAAAGUGUAUUUUAAAUAAUAAAAUCAUGCGGAUUUUUUUUUCUUUUUCAAAUAUAUAUUUAUUCACAUUAUUUCUGGUCCUCUCGAUUUUUUUGCUUGGUUUAUAUAUUUUUAAAUAAGGGAAUGUAUUUAUUAUUAUAUAUUCUGUGAACAAUUGCUUUGAGAAAGUUUGUCUUUUUAGCCCUGUGUGUACUGGCUGGUGUUCAAAAGGUUAAAUGAUUAUUUAUCUAGAUACAUUUGCUCUAUAAUGGGUCCUGGCUCAUUGUUAAAACACCUUAACCAUUUGUGUGAUGGAAGACUGGACAAUACUCUCAGACACAAAACUCAUUCUAGGGAUUUGUGUAUAAAUUCUGGGGGAACGUUCUAAAAGAGGAGCAACAAGUAGGAACGUUCUAGUGUUGCCAUGGUGACUGCUCCACGUUUAGAACGUGGACACAGACUAUCUUUGCACAGUGUUUGGGCUGAAUUAACUUUUAAAAAAUUUAGGGAUAUGUGCUAACCUCCAUGUUUCUAAUCAACCAGAAAGAAUGGGUCUGUAAUAACUUGUGAUAAAAGUGGCAUAAAUUAGCAGCAGAAGAAAUACGAUUUUUUAUAUAUUUUUUUUACUCAUCACUAAAUAUAACGAUUUGUUCAAUUCUUCCCAUAUAUUUUAAAGGUUUAAAUUGUUUCAUAACUAAAAUUGUGCAACACUAGCUUGCACUAUUAUACACUAUGAUCCAGACACCACGCUAUUCACUCCUACUGUGCACUAUUAUACAAUAUGAUGCUACUCUAUGUAGCACUAUUCUGAUCUAUGGUUCACUAAUCUUUGCACUAUAUAGCACUAUACCCCUAUCGUGGCCUUCAUUGUAGUUCCCUAUUAAUGUCCAGUGUUAAGUAUAUCUUCCAAAGCAGCAAAACAAGUCCACCACGAGUUACAGUUCUCAUAUUCUUUAUCAUAAGGAUCUUUUCGCAUGUUCGUGACUAUAGAGAAUAGCUCGUAAAACUAGUGAGUGAUCGAUAGGUAACAUGUAAUGGAUUGUGUCAUAGUAGAGAUACUGUUUAUACAGAUAUAUUUCCA